GCCGAUAAAAUUAUUUCUCCUUGUUUUGCCAAUAUGGCGCCUUUUGUGUUAUGAGAUGACAACAUCGCAGUUUGUGUCCUAUUUGUCAUUAGAUCUUAAAAAUCAACAAUAAUUAUCUACCUCAUAAGUUCAAAGAAAAUCGGUAAUUGUUAUGGAAAUAGUAUUUACGUGGCAACGUGUGCUAUAACUGUUGUUUACGCUUACGAAUGCGUCUGUGGGAAAAGUACUUGGGGUCCCGUAAAAAUGGCGGGUGUGUUAUCUUUAUGGGUUGUGUUUUCCUUCCAAUCGGAGAAAGUUGAUGAUUCGUUCUAGGAGUGGUAUUUUACUGACGAAGACUUGUUAAACAUAUUGAUUACGGAUUUUGGACACGGAAUGUGUAACUUGGUAUUUUGACAUUAGAAGUGUUCGGUUUGGCAAGAGGGGUGCAAUAAAGUCAUCGUUUUUGAUGAAAUUAUCAGUAUGUCGCGCUGGGGCAGAGGCCGUGCCGGCAGCGUGGCCGUGCCGUUGGACAGUGCCCUCUUCAGAGAGAACAGUAACUGCCCCACAGCUGCUCGCUCGGCAGGAACAGUGGGCAAAUGGGGAAUCACCAGCUUCACUUCAAUCAGAAGCGCACCUUAUGCAUUUGCUAAUAAUGUUGUCAAGAAACCAGUUCAAGAUCAAAACAGUCCGCUGACAGUGCCAGCAGUUGAAACUGAACAGCCGCCACCAAAGCCUAAGAAAUUCUUCAAGUCUCGAAAUGCCGAGGCUUACCCACCAGUUCCACAGAUCACCUACGCUCCUCCUGUACCUGCUGCCCCACUUUCACCUGAGCAUCCUUCUAAUAGCAAAGAAAAGAAAACCAAUAAAAGAAGUAGAGUCUAUAACAGAGACUCAUCAUCACCAGAACUUCCUAGGCGCAGUUUUGAAAAGUCCAAGUCGAAGAAAAAUUCUGUGGCCACUAAGGCUUCCAGAAAGGAGGACCCAUCAUCAGAUGCGCAACCUCCAAACAAACGAUAUUUGGUCCGCAAUCGGGAUAAAGUUAUCAAUUAUGCUGAAGAUGGCAGCAAUAGUCCUAUACCAGAUUUUAGUAGAUAUGAACCUCUUCAACCAAAGCUAAACAGAGUUACUCAGAGCCAGUCCCCGAAAAUUCCGUCGCCCAUGGCUAGUCCAGUCUUGGCUAGCCCUACUCCCAUAAAAACUGGAGUUGUCAGUCCAUCUACAAGCAAAGACUCAAAUGAAGAGAGAAAACCACCACCUAUAGUUUUGAGGAUAUCUAAAGGUACAUCAAGAAUCGUUAGUACAGACUCCAAUGAAGGCUUGACGUCUCCUGGUUCUGACAGACAUUCCUCAUUGGAUACACAUUCAGAUUUUGGAUCUGAUCACAAGAAAAGCCCUUCAAUGGAGACAAUAUGCUCUCCUAAGCAUGAAGGUCUGAAAAUUACUAUUAAAUGUGCUGGUCUCAACCAAGAAAGUAAGAAAGAAAAGAAAAAGGAAAAGAAAGAACACAAGUCACAUAAAAAGCACCAUAAGAAUACUGAUGAUGAAUCUAAGAAAAUUACUUCUCCGUUACCAGGUUCAGAUGCAUAUGAUAUUUAUAAAACACUUGCUUCACCUGUACAUAAUCCACCAUUAUUACAUAGACAUUCAGGAGUUGAUGACAUUGAAAGUCAACUAGAAAAGUUGGAUUCAACUGGUAACAAUUCCAAGUCACCUAGAUUAGAAAUGCAACCGAAAGAACCUCCACCAGAACCUAAACCUCCUGAAGCGUCAGGUGGACGGUCAAGAAGGAACAGACCUAAUAUUAAUUAUAGUGAAAAUGAUGACUAUCUAGAUGUUUUAACUAGUGGUUAUUCAAAUAAAAAUGCAGCAAAAGCAGUUGUUGAACCUAAAAAAGAACCUAGGAAAGGGAAGAGGAAGUUUGAAGCACCACCCAUACCUGAGACUACCCCUGUUGUUGAGCCUGAGAUUAGUCAAGGAAUUGAAACUGAAUCUGAAAAUAAGUUGGAGAAGAACGACUUGCUUAACAUAUUAUCUAGUGAAACAGAAGUCACUAAACCAGUUGAUUCUCUCAAACUGAAAAUACAUAAAAAACACAAGCAUAAACAUAAGCAUUCAAGUCCAGACUACAGUGUGGAGCUUCCGCAAGAAAACAAUCUACCUCAAGAGGAGGUUGAAAAUAAUCAGGAAGCGAUGCAAACAGAACAAGAACAAACUGAAGAGAAUCAAAUGCCGGAAGAGCAUAUGAACGUAAAUGAAGACCCGGGUAUUUCUCAAACUAAUACACAAUCGACAGAUUCUGCAUACAAUAGCUGUCAUAAUGAAGAAGAGGAUACUAAUAAAAUUCAGCAGGAAGAAGUGUUUAAGUCUCCACAAGGCAUGGGUGACUCUGAGGAGCACAGUGAAGACAAGCCUAGCGUAAAGUUAGUGAUCACAAAGAAGAAGGGUUCCAUAUUUAAGAGCAAGUCUUUGGUAAAUGAUAAUCCAUCGCCACUGCCUGCGAGGAAAAGACGUCAUCUUUAUAGACAUGAAUGGGCUAAUGAUAAGGGUAAUGAGACUCCAAGACCAGAACAAGCAGAAAAUCCAGAAGCUCGGACCACUGUUAGUCAAGUGCCAGAGGAGUUGACCCGAGUAACUAGAUAUAAGGCCCCUGAUCCAAUAGUUGAUGAUCUAGAUGCAGGCGAGACAGUGAAACCUUACACAAGUGUCCGAUGCGCAAAGGAGGCUAAAGAAUUCUACACAGUUGUCAGAAAUGUUAAGAAGGCCCAUCAAAUUCAAGAAAUUGGUGAAUUCCAAGAGCUAAAUGAUGAUGUGGAAUACCUGUUAGACGCGUUACAGGACAACAAUCCGAUGUCGACGCGUUGCCUGUCCGCCAUCACGCUAGCUAGCAAGUGCACGGCGCCCGCGUUCCGAAUGCAUCUGCGCGCUCACGGCAUUGUGCAGAAGUUCUUCAGUGCACUGCAUGAUGCCACCAAUGACCAGAGUCUCGGCUUGUGCACGGCGACGGUGAUGUUUGUGUUGUCGCAGGAUCGACUCAACAUGGACUUAGACCGUGAAUCGCUGGAACUCAUGUUGAACUUACUCGAGUCUGACGUGUCGCACAAGAACGCUUUGGACGACUGUGGGCUCACAUCAGCGCAGCUGGCCAAAACGCAAGAGCGCGUGCGUGAGCUGUGCGCAGAGAUCAAAAGCCAAGGGAAAGCGCAGCACUUGGAUUUGGAUAACAUAACGGUCGGCCACCUGGCGAUGGAGACUCUUCUCUCGCUGACGUCGAAACGCGCUGGAGAGUGGUUCAAAGAAGAGUUGCGGGUACUGGGUGGUGUGGACCACAUCGUGCGGACUAUCCAGGACUGCGCCGAGCGGCUAGAAGCGCCGGCGGCUACUUGGAGCGCUGCUGAUGUUGACGUGUUAAGGAAGGCAGACCGCUGCAUGCGUGUGUUGGAGAAUGUCACUCAACAAAACGAGGACAAUCAACUAUACCUUGUCAGCGAGUCGCUAGGAGCGCCGCGGACGCUUGCAGCGUUACUGAGGCGCUGUGCCGGCGAAGCGAGACUAGAGAGCGACUUACGCGGUCCGUUAUUAGACGCCGCGCUACCCGCUAUCAAAGUGCUGGUCAACCUGUCACACUCCUUCGGCAAUAAUGUAUCACGAGGCGCUCAAGUAGUGGGUGAACAACCGUCUGUUAUGGAGAUCUGCUUGAUCCUGUUACAAAAUCAAGGGAACUUCAUACCAGAUGACAGAAACUUCGAAUUUAGCGUUUGUGUACUUCUCCUUCUAAUAAACUUGGUGCAAAACAACGAAGUAAAUACGCAGCAACUUCUCAACGUACGGAUUCGCGUCGACAACGAAGAAGACGUCAUCUCGAGGAGUAUAUCUGCGUUGGACCUUAUCGUUGAUCUGUUCCACAUACGGGAAGACUUGGCCAGGCGAGCUGAAGAAAACACAGACGCUAUUUUGGACGGAGAGAAAGACAAAAAGCAAUCUCAAGAUGAUAUUGACGAAACUGUGGCUAAACUGCUGGCCAGAGCAGGCACUCACAUGGAGCAUACCAUGGUAGGCGCGUACGUGGCGCUCCUACUUGGCCACAUGGCCAUCGUGGCGCCUGAACUGGCCGAGGCUGUGAAAGCGCGCGUACCGUCCUACGCGCCUCUGCUGCCUACACUGCAUAAAUACUACACGUUCUUGUCUCUCACCGCCAGUGCCGAGGCAGCGAUAGUAGCGCACGUGAAAGCAACGCACCGCAUCAUCCAGUUCAUGGAGGCGAGCGACAAGGCCCUCCAGGCGGGCCCCGCCCCCCAGCCCGCCGCCCCCGCGCCCUUCAGCACCUACCCCGCGCGGUACUACGCAGGCUCCUCCCCCUCCGACGUGCCGCAAGACAUGUCGCUCAGCAACCUCAACUACAGCAUGGCCGGCGCCUACGGAACCCCCGACCGACCCUCUAUGGAGGUGGACUACCACUGAGACAGGUGGGUCCCGCGGCGCCCCGGCUGACGUUGAGUUCUAUUAAUUUCACUCCGGGCACCGGCGCGAUAGAUCAUAACCGUAGGCUAAACUAGUUGUACGAUAAACAAUCACGAUUCUGUCGUUCCCGACCACCGAGCGAAUGAGACUCCAUGUGAUAAGACUUGUACAUAUAAACCGGCGAAUCGAUCCUUGUAUAUUAUGAACCCGACUAGUAAUAGGAUACAUGCCAUUCGAAUAGGAAUACCGUAACGUAGGUGGUGGAUGUAUGGUUGCACACGGCCGCCGUAGGGCCACGUCUUUUUGUAUCGAUAUCUCUUCCUUCUCUAAAAUUAUGGUGUAAAUAUAAUUCGCAGACUGUUAAGAAAUAGGUAGUUGUGUUGAUCUUGGAAAUGGGUUAUGAAGUCUUAAUUAAAUUGAGAUAUUCCGAGUUUAAGCCACUGAACUGGCAAUAUAAAAGUGCAAAAAUAGUCGUGUAAGUGUAUAAUAGAUAUGUAUUCUUUUAUGUGAAUAUUGUGUCUGCACUUUUUGUAUCAUACCGCUCUGAGAGGGUUACGAUUUACUAGAGUAUUGUUCUAACGAGGCACAAUCCUUUAUUGUAAAUAAAUUUUAGCUAGUAUCAAUAGUUUGGUCUUUGUUGAGUAAAUUAGAGAUGAGUAGGCAUGGAUAAUUUAAUUCGAUCGUUUGAGAUUCCGUAUAAAGCCGCCCGCGCGGGACUAAUGUACAAACGGCGCCAGGGCUCCUCGGAGCCGCGGCGUGCGGUAGAUAAUUACUGAAUAGGGAAAAUUAUGAUGUUGGAUUUUUAACCGCUAGUUGUUAGAACUAGGCAGCGAACGAAGAUAGAUAGAAUUAUUAUUCCUUGGUCUAGUGUCUUGUUUCCGAGAGACUUCCGUUCACGACCUGACUGAUUGUCCGAUAGGAUAUUUCGAGUUUUAUUUUUGAUCGUUGGUUAGGUUACUAAUUUUUUAAAAUUUUAUUAAUAUGCUAAGGCACAUGAACUACUUAAUCUUGAAUUCUGUUUGCACUUUUGAUGGUGUUUUCUAUAUCAACGAUGAAAUGAAGUUUAUGGAUAGUGUUAUUGUGGAUAUUAAUCGAAAGCUAUCAAUUUACCUGAGAUUUGUUACAAAAUAUAUGACUUUUAAUACUUGAGCUGGCUCGAUGACAGUCCCACUGAAUGUGGAGUGAUAUUUUAAUAUUUUGUAACGAAAUUGUUUCGCGGUGGACUGGGUUGCUUUCUGUUGUGUCGUGGUGUAACGGGUAUUGACAGUUCUUGCGCCUUAUUCACAUGGAGAUUUGAUGAGAGUGUUAUUAUUACGUUAUAUCAAAUUGUGGCUAUAGACGUAAAAUAUAGAUAAUUUUACUAUAUUGCAUGUACAUUGGAUUCCAAAACGUUUUUUUACAGAAUAAUGACAUUAUUAUAAAAACUGAUGUCGAAGAAGUUAUGUUAUAAUCGACGCGACCUCAGUGUGGUCUAAGGACAUGUACCCAUAGAUACAGCCCUGCUACACAUUUCUAAAUCGCAUACUCAAGAGAAACCUAGUUACGGUGUUUUCGAAUUUACCGAUUCCAGAACGUUUACUGUCAUUGCUUUCUCCAUGAAACCAUGUCACAAGAUUGUAGCUGGGCUGCAGUUUGUUUCAGACAAGCCAGUGCCAAUGGAAGAACGAAAUGUCAGAAAUGCGAAAUCGUCAUUUUUGUAUGGAUUACAUCAUUUUUUCGCAACUUUGUCCUUCGUUUAUGAUUAGCACCAGCUUGCUUGAAACCAACUAUACCUCGUAAUUCCGUUUCACGCGGUGUGACCUAAUAUCUGGGUUAUCACGUAAUAAGGUUUCCAAACGGAUAAAAGGGCUGAGACACGCAAUCGAAUGGUUCACCUAUGUAGAAAAUCACCUAUGUGAUUGUCUAGUUUGAACUGGAUGACGUUCAUCACAAAUUACGAUUGUUAAUUCUCAUUAGCUUAUUUGUUAACGGGUCAACUGCAUUGGAUGUGUGCCCUAGCCCUUACUGGAUAAUAGAACUACUGUUAGGAGUUAAAUAUUCAGUAAAUUCGUUAUUCUUUAAAUGUUAACCCAGAUAUUAGCAUCUUAUAACUGCAUAAAAAACGAUAUUUUCAGACAGCUUUACUAUUUUUUAAGGGUUUUGUUAUUAUAAUUUCCGAUAAGUGUUUGUACGCGG